UUGAGUAAGAGGUAGUUUUGUUUGUGUUUUGCGGCAGGCGGAAGCGGGCUGCCGGCGGGGUCCUUGCUGCUGGUAAGAGACGCGUCGCGGGGCCGGCCCUUUCUUUUGGACGAGCGGCGGAGCCUGCAGCAUGGGUAAGUGCCGUGGUCUACGUACAGCUAGAAAGUUGCGUAACCUUCGUCGUGAUCAGAAAUGGCAUGACAAGCAGUACAAGAAAGCCCACUUGGGCACCGCUUUAAAGGCCAACCCAUUUGGAGGUGCAUCCCAUGCUAAAGGAAUAGUCUUGGAAAAAGUUGGCGUUGAGGCCAAGCAGCCCAAUUCUGCUAUCAGAAAGUGUGUCCGAGUACAACUUAUUAAGAAUGGCAAGAAAAUUACAGCUUUUGUUCCAAAUGAUGGUUGCUUGAAUUUCAUAGAGGAAAACGAUGAAGUUCUGGUUGCUGGUUUUGGUCGUAAGGGGCACGCCGUUGGUGAUAUUCCUGGUGUCCGCUUCAAGGUGGUUAAAGUAGCCAAUGUAUCUUUGUUGGCCCUGUACAAAGGCAAGAAGGAGAGACCAAGAUCCUAAACCUGUCAUUAUAGUAACAAAUAUGGAAAAUAAAACAUUUUAAAGUGC